GUUUGUUUGUUCAACAGUUUCUCAUUUUUACACUCAGCUCGACAAGCCGUCCGUUGCAAACAAAGAGACCGCAUGAAUGUUCGUUCCUGAAGGCCGGCCAGUCCUGCUUUUCUCAUGCACUUCGGGAGGGCAUUCAUAUGUAAUAAAGCAGUCUGGCUUCCAAUAAGCCUUGGCAAAACAUAAACGUUGUUUCAGAUUCAAACUGCAUCCCGAUCUUAUAGAGCAACAUUCACCACCUUUUCCCCCUUCCGACAAACCGUAUAACAACAAGAUCGCUCAAUUUGCGACAAAAAUCACAUUCUUUCAUUCUCACUUCCAAUAACAUCAUAUAAGCAAACGAUCUCCCCUUCUUCUUUUCGCUUUUCCCUUUCUCUCCAUUCUAUCAACAAAUGAUCGCACAAAGCAGACCUUCACAUCCAUCUUUUAGCGAAUUGAAAAUGUCUUCUAUUCAACAACAACCAUCAUCGAAAAGUUGGAUAGAACCAUGGUCAAAAGCAGUUUCCCAAGCAGCAGAAGAUCAAAAGAAAUCUCAUAGACGUAGAAAUAGCUUCAUGGUUCAAUCAAAGAUUAAUCAUUCCAGAACACCAUCAGAAACAAUCAUCAAGCCAGCCGCUACAUCAAACGUGUUUGAAAACGCAGGCAGAUUACCUUCACCACCAAUCUUGCAGAGAAUCUUCUUUUCACCACAUCCAGACGAUAUCGCUUACAGUGCUUACGGUACCGCAUCAAAGAAGCCAAGAUGUUGUCAUCACGAUGAAGAGAAUGAAGACGCUCACAGUUAUGCAAGUACAUCUUCGUUCAAGAAGCAAUCUCACCUACGAGUUCAAAGAGAAGAUUCAGGAGUCGCCCUUCCUUCACCAUCUCUAUCUUCUUCUUCCAAAUUUAGCGAUGAUGCCACUUUGGUAGCCACACCAUCUUAUGCAUCAUCGGCAUCGUCCACCUCCUCGGGAUCACGUCGCAACAGUGCAGUAGACCUAAAGACAAACACACAAAACGCUUUGAUCGUAACCGUAUUCAGUAAAAGUCGAUGUGCAAACGGUGAAAUUGGAGCAAGACUAAACCGUAACGUUGAAGAUACAACAUCUUUACGUACGGAUGAAGAUGAAGCAUUUGCACGUUCGAUCGGAUGUGAUUUGUUACAGCUAGGUUUCCCGGAUUCAAGUGCUCGUGAUGAACCGUCAAGAAGACCUGAUUUGGCCGAAGCAGCAAUGAAAGGCCCAGCCGGAACAAAGAUCCGUGACGUUGAUCAUUAUAUUUUCGAGGAUGUACGUAAAUCAUUAGAGCCACUCGUUUGGAUGGCAGUUCGUGCAGGCGCAAAAAUUCAUUUGCCUUUGGGCGUUGGAUGUCAUGUCGAUCAUUGGAUGGUUCGUGUUGCUGUUCUGUCAAUCUUGGAUGAAUUGGACGUCAAGCUUGGAGAAACGACAAAAAUGCUAUCAGAACCAUUGAAGGAAAUUUUCUCUACACACUUGGUAGGAGGAAAAGAACCUUUGCAUGAACGUUUAGUCUUUUAUGAGGAUUUACCAUAUGCAGACGCACAAACAAACUCCCAUGUUGAAAGUUUGGCAAAAGCAGUCUUGCCAUGCGGAGCAAAAGCGCAACUUGUCCACCUUACAGAAUCUGAUUGGUGCAAGAAGCGAGCUGCAAUUCUGGCCUAUGCUUCUCAAAUGAAGCCAACCAUCUUGCCUUCGCUAUACAACCAUGCAACAAGACUAGCCCACUUGGGUAAAACAAUUGAUCCUGAUUUCGAUUCAUCAAAACCUCAUCUAGUUGCUGAACGCAUUUGGAUCAUCGAUGCAACAUUACGCAGACUUGCACUAGAACAACAACAAUAAGCUGUUUCACGGUCACCCUUUCUCUAUCUCUUUGUUAUACCAUCAUAGAUACCCAUCACACGCAAAAUAGAUGCGACUCUUACUCGUCAUCUUCACUUGUUACCAUAGUCUAUACAUAUAAAACCAGCAUUUUCUUCUUCCUCCUCUUCCGGGCCCCCACUUCACAGUUUUCCAACGUGCUAUUCUUGUGCGUUUGGAAAAUGUCAUUCUUUUUGUCAUGGUUAUUUUGAUCAGAG